AUGGAUAAGUCGUCAGCCAACGCCGCCGGUAUUACUGGUGCGGCAGAGAACGAGGACAAUGGUAUCGUCCACGACAUUGGCCUGAAAGGGGAAGAGCUGGAAGCCGAGACAUUGAGCUCCAAAACCAACCGCAGACUAAGACUUCGAGUCGAUUUCAUUGUUCUUCCUCUCAUGACAAUGGCGUCAGUCAUUGCGUUGCUUGACAAGAACGCGCUCAGUUUUGCAGCCCUGUUCGGGAUGAAAGACGACACGCAUCUCCACGGGCAGCAGUACAGCUGGUUAGGCUCGAUUGUGUAUUUUGGAUACAUGAUUGCGCAAUUCCCGCUAGGGUGGAUCCUAGUGAAGGUGCCCCUGGCCAAGCUCAUGUCGUUCCUCGUUCUGACAUGGGGCGUCCUCGUGUGCUCCAUAAUGGCGUGCAACAGCUUUGCGGGCCUCGCUGCCAUUCGCUUUCUUCUGGGCUUCUUCGAGGCGGGCAUCGUGCCCAUCAACAUGAUAUUGACGGGAACGUGGUACCGCCGUGAAGAGCAGCCCCUGCGCACCGCCAUCUGGUACAACACCCUGGCCGGUGUCUUGGGUGGCAUUUUUGCCUUUGCCAUCUCUAAGCUUGAUAGCCAGUACCCUGUUUGGAAGCUCAUCUUUCUCAUCUAUGGCUCCGUGAGUCUCGGGUUGGGUGUUGCAAUCUUCUUCCUACUCCCGGAUCAUCCAUCUCUUGCUUGGUUUUACAAUGUCGAAGACAAGAAAAAUAAGGUCAUCAGGAUUGCACCAAACCAGACAGGGCAAGGCAAUGUUCACCAAUUCAAGUGGGAUCAGAUUAUUGAAUCAUUGGUAGAUCCCAAGUUUUGGGUGUUGGCGCUUUACGUUAUCGCUUGGGGUAUUGUCAAUGCCGGCAUUACUAAUUUCAACCCUUUGAUUAUAUCCGGCUUUGGAUAUUCCAAGGAGAGAACAGCUUUGCUGGCAUCGCCACAGGCGGCAGUGGCCACCUUCUUUGCGAUUACCUGCUCCGCUGUUGCAAACGUAGUGCCAAAUAUCCGAUGUUUAAUAUGGGCCCUCUCGACUCUUCCCGGGCUCGUGGGAGCUGUGCUAAUUCGUGUUCUCGACCCUGCCACAAACCGGGCCGGUGCUCUCGCAGGUGUUUACAUGAUGGGAUUCUACAACGUGUCAUGGGUCAUGGCAAUGUCACUUGUUUCCUCAAACAAUGCGGGCGCCACUAAGAGAUCAUUUGCCACCACCUCCAUGUCACUCCUCUACGCGAUUGGCAACAUUAUUGGUCCACAGCUGUUUCUUGAGACCCAGGCUCCUCACUAUCCUCUAGGGAUAUAUGCCAUGAUGACUGCCUUUGCUGUGCAGGGAGUUUGCGGUGCGGUAUACUUUGCUCUGUGUUUCAUUGAGAAUAAGAGGAGGGACCGUGAAUAUGGCAAAGUUGAACAUCAGACUGUCGCUGGCUUGGAAGCGGCUGAGAAUGAUUUGACGGACGGGAAAAACUCUGCCUUCCGGUAUUGUUUGUAG